GCCCCGGCUGAGGCAGCGGCGGCGGCGACGCGGCCCAGUAUGCGAGUGUGAAAUGCUUCCCCCGGCGGCAGCGGCUCCUUACUGGGCCCAGGUGGCUUCGGCGGCCCCCGCGCCGUGGAUGCGACUCCGGAGCCGGCGCUUCGCCCUUCACAAACAUUUCUAUAGGACUCAUUCGCCUUGCUGAGGAGAAACGCGGAAAAAGAGAGAGAGAGAGAGAGAGAAAGCCUAAUUCUGAGGAGAAACCCCUCGAACCGACAGCCAGCCAGCCAGCCACCCGGGCCUAGGCCCGGCCUAAGCGACUGUUCACUCCCCUCCGCCUCCCCACUUCCUCUCUAGCGUCCCCCCCGUCGCUUCCCCGUUAGGCUCAUGGAGGCCGCCCCAGCCCCGCCGCUCAGCGCCGCCCAGCUGGGCCGCCUGCGGGACGAGCACGGCAAGGUGGUCACUAGCUGCCAAGAAAAAAUUCAGCACUGGAAGAAGGUGGAGAGUGACUAUGAAGCACUUCAAGAUCGACUUGGCACACUGCCUGACAAACUCUCUUAUGAUGUCAUGGUACCUUUUGGUCCCCUUGCUUUCAUGCCAGGAAGAUUGGUUCAUACCAAUGAGAUCACAGUUCUUCUUGGGGACAACUGGUUUGCAAAAUGUUCAGCAAAGCAGGCCAGCGGUCUAGUGGAACACAGGAAAAAACAUGUAAGGAAAACACUGGAUGAUUUGCAAAAAGUUAUGAAGAAUUUCGAAUCCAGAGUUGAACUCACAGAAGAUCUGCAGAAGAUGAGUGAUGCAGCUGGCGAUUUUGUUGAUAUAAGAGAAGUAACCGAAAGUAAUGGCACUGAAACAAAAGGAAAACACAGAACUGCUCACAAACCUCAUUCAAAACCAAAAACAUUUGCUUCUGAGGCAAACCUUCAAGAAAACGGAAUUGUUGAAAAAUCCAGCGGGGACUUGAAAUUGGAGGAAGAGCUUUGGGCCAGACUUGAUGAACUUGAGAGGCAAGAAGAGAUCCUUGGUGAACUUGACAGGAUAUCUGAUACCAUUCAGGCCAAUGGAGAAGACAGUUCCUCCUCUGAAGAAGAGAGAGAGGACAAGAAGACAGAUGUGAAUGUAGUUCAUGGGGAAGAAGAACCUAAUACUCAGGGCAACUUUCAAAAAGUAGUAAUCAACUCCAAAUUGUUCAGAGGUCAGGUUAACGGCCCAAAUCACUCCUGCAGCGACGACGAGGAUGAUUUAGCCAUUGCUGAGAAUGCAGUACCGACAAUAUAUUUCUCCCAUACUGUGGAACCGAAAAGGGUACGAAUAAACACAGGAAAAAAUACUACUUUAAAAUUCAGUGAAAAGAAAGAGGAGGCAAAACGCAAGCGGAAGAAUAGCAACGGCAACGGGCAUUCGGCUACAGAACUGCCCAACAUCAAAACACCAGCAGACAUUUACCGAGUCUUUGUUGAUGUUGUGAAUGGAGAAUAUGUCCCUCGUAAAUCAAUUUUGAAGUCUCGAAGCCGAGAAAAUAGUGUUUGUAGCGAUACCAGUGAGAGCAGCACUGCUGAAUUCGAUGACAGACGAGGAAUUCUGAGAAGUGUGAGCUAUGAUGAAGCUACCUACAGUGAUAACAGUGAAGGAAUCUUGGAAGAGGAAGAAGAGGAGGAUCAGGAACAUCUUUCCAAGAAAACAUCACCCUCGUCAGGGACAUAUGAGGCUUUCUCGGGAACCGUUGUUGAGAAGGAGCUUUUGUCUCCCGCUUCAGCGCCACACCCAGUAAUCGCCUAUCCUGUCCUGCCUACUAUUCUGGAGCGAAAAUCUGAGGAAAUUCUCUCUGAAGCUUCAGAAGAAACUACAAAGAGGGUUUCAAAAUUCAAAGCUGCCAGAAUGCAACAGAAAAUCUAGGUCCCGCUUAGACAGUGGAAGUUUGGGAUUUUCAUGUGUAGUGGCACGAUUUGUAAGAUGGCUCACAUCUAGCCAAUAAAAUAGCAGACUGUGUUGAUUUGAUAUUGUUCAUGUUAGACCUCUAGUUGAUGGUAUUUCUUUCUUUUU